ACAGCAAAAGUUCAGGAACAUAACCCAAAUCCACCUCCCCAUUUUACCCCUUUACAAUUCCCACUGCCCUUUGGGCCUCUUCUUGGAAGCAAAUGGAAGACAAGCUGAAGUUUUCUCAAUUGAGCCGGAGCUAAGAAACCUUUGAAAUGCUAAUACCCUCCUUCAAACGGCACCCCCCACCCCGCACGGGCUGGGAGCCGGGCGCUCGGCAGAGUUACACAAAUAAACCCGCAACAGGUAAUUAUUUAGCGAACGGGUGCAACUUUGCGCGCUGCGCGCCGCGGAGCACCGGGCCUGCUCGGCGGGCGGACCCUGGCGCGCAUCCCCCGCGGCGGGGCGGCCGUGCGGAGCAGCGGCGCCGCCGCGCUGCCCGCGCCCAGAGCCGCCGGCUCACCGAGGGGCACAUCGCUGCGCCGGCGGCGGCCCCGCGGCAGCGGCAGGCGAGGCAGACCCUAAAUUCCCCACACUCCGCUCCGCGGCAAAAGCGCGAUGCAGCCAGGCUCCCGCACGCACGCACACAAGAAAUAAAUUCGGGAGAGGAGGACGGGCGCAGUGCAGUGUGUGUGCCCAGCCUCGGGAGUCCCUUCUGUGAAGCGAUCAGGAGGCGAUGCCAGCAGCUGGGGCAGCGGGGAACAACUCGAAUGUUACAAUGGACCCCCUCCUCCGUGUCUCUGUCGCUCGCACCGACCGGAUUCACAUCUCCCGGGAUGACAUUCUGGCCUCUGGCGGAGUGCGGAGCCGGCCCCUCCUCAGAUUUUCUCCUCUUCCUCUCUGUGCCGCUGCCCCGCCAACGACUGGAGAUCGGGCGCUGA